AUGACAUCAGCAUCAACCCUUGAAGUGAAAUGCCAGAGGUGUGACCAUCUCCUCUCAGAGCACCAGGAUUUUCAUACCAAAUCAUCUCCGACGGAAAUAUUAGCAUCUGCCGGCAACCCUGAUCACAUACAGGAGCACUUCAGAAAACCUCCUAAUAAUCCAACGAGAUGUUUACGCAAGGACACAGUAUCAAAGCUUGCAGCUGCUGUGGAUUCUCAAAAUGUUAUACACAUACGCGGAACACCAGCGAGCGGAAAAACGGUCCUGUCUGAACUCCUAAGGGACUAUUACGUCGAGAAUAAUAGGAAGGUAUUUCUACUCGAGACAUGGGAGCCGCUGGAGUCUUUCCAUGGCAAGGACCCUUGGACCCGAUUCGCCCUGCUCCUGCAACAAAGGUAUCCUGAAUAUAGUCACACGGAAUUUUUUGCUUCAAAGACUGUAAUUGUUGUUGAUGAGGCUCAGGCUUCAUACAAGGACUCUUAUUUCUGGAACACAAUCGUUAAAGAGCGAAGGUCUGGUGAAGGCGAGGAUAUAAAUAUCUGUCUUUUCUGUUCCUACGGAAGCCCUCUGACAGGCCUGGAGGUAGACCACCUAUGGUUUUCUCCAGCUACCUUUGGUCCCGCGCAGCGCAUUACACUGACCCCUCAACCUGGCAAAGAUUCACCAAAGCUCGGCUUAUUUUUUACACCAGAUGAAUUUGAUGAGGCUGUGUCACUUCUGACUACAAAUAAAUACGAAGAAAAAUUCACAAUUGAUAAAGAGGCUAUGAGCUACUUAUACGAGCUGACAAAUGGGCAUCCCGGAGGGGUGACAUCAUUAGUCAAUUUUGUUCAUUCUGCGCAUCGUCAUGACUUAAAGCACAGAUGUAUCAGUACAAUAACGAAAGAUCAUCUUCUUGAUAAUUUGAAGGAUGAUACUCAAGUCUUCCAGUAUCUCACGAAUCAGGCUGUUUUCCGCUCAUUCCCUACUGGAGGGCACUUAACACCUGAAGCCGGUGGAACACUGUGCAAGACUUUAGAGGAGGGAAAUAUGCGAUUUAAUAGUGAUGAUGUGGGUAUGCAGCAAUGUUACGAGAGAGGCUGGGUUCACCGGAUAUCUGUGGGAGAGAUCAACACAUAUGAUGUUGUUGUCCUGCCGUCACGCCUGCAUGAGAAAUGGCUUGAAUUCAUCAUCGGCCAGGACACGAGGCCUUUGCCUGCGAGAUUCAACCAGCUAGAUACAUUAUGCCUGGAGGUUCUCAGUAAAUUUUCGACAAUUAACCUGAGACAUGCUGUUCAAGGCAAGAAAAUGUCGACUGCAGCAAAAUGUAGGCCCAUGGAGGCGCAAUAUCAGGACGAAUUUUACAGGUCAUUCAAUCUUUUGGCAGGCCGAGGUGUGCCGAUCUGCAGUGAAUGGUCAAGGACUAGUGAUGGCCGAGUUGGCUUUUAUAUUCCAGAAAAGAAGUGGGCGAUUGAGUUGCUCAGGGAUCAUGAUCGGGUCAAUGAACAUAUCUCUCGAUUCAAGGAGGGGGGGAGGUACUUUUCCUGGUUAAAGGAGAAUAUGGUUGAAGACUGGAUCAUAAUCAACUGUGCCUCCUCUCCCCCAAUAAGAGGAUAUUCCGAGCCAAGACUCUGGACUGCUGUUUUCGCCAAUAAUUAUUCUGAGUUGAAAGUAUAUGAUUACCAAGAGAGGCCUUUAAUUGAUAUCCGUCUGCAAAAUUAA